AUGACCGACGGUCCCCCUCGGUUCUUCACGAAGCCAGAGGAGUAUGUGGGCGUUAAUAAACACCGGCGGACGCUUUUCUUAGACAUGGACGAGACUCUUGUUCACUGUUACUUCGAGAAACCAACGUUCUUUAUCGAUACCAACGAGAACUUCUUCCAAUUCACGCUGGAGGAUGACCCCAGUGUAACCUACUACGCGUUUAGGCGACCUGGGCUGAGUGAAUUCCUUCAUCAGUGCGCAGAGCACUACGAUAUGCGUAUCUUUACCGCUGGCGAAGACCUUUACGCGCGGACGCUGCUUCGGUGGCUGCUGCCGGAUAAUCUUAUUGACGAAUCUCGGUGGUACACCCGCGACGCAUGCGUAGGGGAUGGCUACGGGCGCUUAAUAAAGAACCUCAGCAUGAUAGAUGGUUUUCAAUUUGAAGAGCGCACCGCCUUAAUCCUAGAUGACUCAGCACCCGAUAAUGUGUAUCCACACCAGAAUGCGCUCGCCAUCCCCCGCUUUGCGCCACAAACAGGUCGUACAGACGAGGAGAACUAUGGACGAAUGCAGGCGGAUAGAGGCUUGGAAAUGUUCGGUAGAAUGCUAUGCGGCGAUCACUUCACGCGAUGUGACGACGUUCGUGUGCCCAUAGCGCGGUUUUAUGCACUAAUACGAACUUACACGCGAAACAGUACCACCAAAUGA